AUGCUUGCACCAAAUGUGAAGACAGUUGCCGUCAUCCUGGUGAUGAUUGUGCCGUUUGUGUGUGCGUAUGUCGAUAAAGCAGGUAAAUAAAUAUUGCUGCGAAAUCAAACUAAUUUAAGCGAUCAUUUUAUUUUCAAAACAUUUUCGGGUCUAAGGUUGAAGGGGAUAUGUCAUGGCGAGUUCCAGGCUUUGCAAAAUUUAUAACCUGGGCUGGGUUGUUCAAAGCUGGGGAAAUUUGAAUCAGAUAUGAAAGGUUAAAAGGCAAAUUCAGUUUUAAUUUUUUUUGUCUACAAUUUGAUGAUUGGAAUUCGAUGUUCUAAAAAUAAUGGAGAAAAUGGAGAAAAUUACCUGAGAAAAUAAUGGAGAAAAUUACCUGAGAAAUCGGCUUAAAAAUCUACCGGAUUAAACUUUAACCGCCGGGCAAUAGGACUUCGAACAACCUGAGGUAUUGUCAGCCAUCCUUUGUCAUACUUGGAACUCUAGAAGAAAAAUAUCAAAUUUUUCUUGCAAAGAAAGAACAAAGCGUCAUCGGGUUUUGGUCAUUUGUAGACAACAACUUGGCAAACUUUUUCAAUUUUUAAAAUUCUUUCCAAGUUCAAGCAACCUGUUUUUAUCCGGGGUUUCAUCCUGGCUGCAAGUCGAAUACGCAAAAAAUAUUGCUCGAUGGAUGUCAUAUACUUGUUUAAGAGUAUCUGAAAGGAAAAAAAGAGUCUGUUCUUAUUCUAAAAACUGUGCCGAGAAAUAGGCCAAAGUUUUGAAGAGAGUCAAGGGGGUGAGGUUGUUAAGAACUUGACCGAAACAUACAAUUAAAUAAGAGCGUAAAUAGUCCACGUACCUUUCGGCGUCAUCAUAAAGCCACUAUCAAGACUAUCUAAGUAAAAUAUUUUGCGUAUAAAUAUAUCAGUAUAGGAAAAUUACUGAAUUCGGUUUUCGUGGGAUGUGACGAAUUAUGGAGAUCUCGGAGGCUGUAUAAUCCACCUCGGCCGAUAACAUCCUCCUCGAUCUGCAUAAUUGCUCAUAUCAUACUCAACCUCAUUCAUAAUAAAUUAAAUGAUUGUUAAAUAAUCCUAAAAACUCUUUGAUAUGGAAAACUAUACAAUUUUCACCUCUAAGGGACACGGCGAGUAACAUGCUGAUCGUUUUAUAUGCCCCCCUCCUAUACGUCAACCGGAAGUGGACUUUGGGCAAAGGAUUUGCUAAUUUUUUUAGUGAAUCGUCUCUUAGAGCAAAGACACCUAGGAAAACAAAUGUUUUCUCGUCAAGGCAUUUUGAAAGGGAAAAGAUCUCAUUUCCGGAUGAUCUGCGUCGCUCAAAGACGUCUACUGUGAGUUUUCGAUCAAGUUCUGUACUGGCAUUUGUACAUUUCAUCUCACACUAAACUCUCUUUUUUUCCCGAAAGGCAGCAACGCAGGUUUUAUUCGUUGCCCUGACGGAAGACGUUGCGAAGACCGUAAAACAUGCUGUUAUUAUGCACGUCUCCGAAGAUACGCCUGCUGUAAUAGUCCAUUUGCUAAUUGUUGUCAUGGCAGCAUGGACGGAAAGUGUUGUCCAUAUUUUUACAGGUAAGUUUGCUUAAACUAUACAAUACUAUGCGGAGAAACUACUUAACUCUUGGUGGGGAGGGGGUAGUUCUACCCGAAAUGGGUUCCUUUUUUAGGCUUCAGGUAUAUGACAUUGUAUCGCCCCAUGUAAAGGAAUCCAGCGCAGUCUUGGAUUCUGGAUUCCAAUCGUUAGUGGGAUUCCGGAUUCCAUAAGUAAAAUUUUCCCGGAUACUGGAAUCCGAAUUCUCUUAAAUGGGGCGAAAUGGUACGAUUUUUACCAGCGGAAGUAUAUAAAAAGGUAGGGAAAUCCAUACUUUUCACUCUGUAAAAAAGCCCAAAAGGGCAGACAUAUUCAUUUUAUAGCUGUGAUAAAGUCGUGAAAACGUCCUGGUUUUGUGAGUUAUUCAUGCCAGCAUGUGAAAGAGAUACUAUUUGUCAAAGGAAGGUAUAUCGUAUAUAACACGAAAGGGGUACCUUUUCUGCAAAAACGUGGUAAUUAUGUCAAAUGCAGGUGAAUUUUCUUCGAUUUAAAUUCUUGGGGACCGCACUCAAUUUGAGAAAGGAAAAAAAAAAGUCGCUGUGUCUUAACGUACUGCAUAAAUGCCGCAUAAGGAAAUUUCACGCCGUGCUUGUGGAGCCAAGAAACCAAGGAAAUAAAAUGUACCAAAAAGUGUGGUGCACGUGCAAAAUUGUUGCUUUGCUUUUGUUGACGUUCUUGUCAUUGCCAUCGCUGUCUUUGUUGCUUAAGCUCCCCACAUGAACGCCAUUCUCUUUUCAAGGACCAUUUUCGGUUAUAGCGAAAAUUACCUACUCACUGACAAGAGAGACGCCAGUGGGAGAGAAACUGACCGCGUCUGAGCUCAGACAGAUGCAGUAAAAUUUAUCGUCUUACCAAUCACGUUGUCUUUAGGGCUUUAGUCAGACAUUUUACGACGUAGUUGCGGAGGGACCGCAUCGAAAUUGACAGAAUAGCGUGAUGCACGUGCAAAGUUAUUGUUUUGCUUAUUAAUCAUAUAGCUUUUUUGCCGUUCUCGUUGCCGUCGCCGUUGUCGUUGCUUUAACUCCCUAUUGUUGUGAUCCAGAAAUUUAGCUACCAUGGUAACAUGACGUAACACUCCUCAUCCCUAUUGGUUAAUGACCGCAGGUCUGGGAACAAGAACGGGGGAGACUGAAUCAGAGCAUGCGCCAGCCCUAUUGGCUCUAGCAACUCUCUGGCAAAGGAAGCAACUUUCUUCGCUCGCUCCACUUGACUCGGCCAAGAGGCUCACCCUCUCUUCCGGGACAACUAUUCUCCUUAUAAACGGGCCUUAAUUUUUCCUAAUUCCCCGCUAAUAUUGCUAUUCCUUCUUUGCUUUGUAGGUGUGACCAAGCGACAAGAAGGUGCGUUCAGCCGCGUUUUCCAAGUUUAAAUAACAAGACUUCAAUCCGCUUGGAUGCAACUGAAAUUCGUAGUUGUGAGAGAGAAUUACUCCCAGAUCAGCGUCUCGCCUUCGAAUAA